CGAUUACAGAUAAUUCUUGUGAUACAUGCGUGUCUGAAGGACGGAUGUGAUCAUGAAGAUUUUAUUUGCGGCCAUUUUUGCAAUUCUUUUGUCACUCGCCAUUGCUAGUGAUUCUACAAACGUUGAAAAAAGAAAUGAUUUGAACGAUGUAGGUACUCUACUAAAUCAUCACCAAACCAUGGAGGUAGUUGUUCAGCAACUUCUUCGACGUGUUAAACAAUUGGAAACUCGGAACGAGGCUCAACAACAAACAAUUCAGAACAAUCUAGUUCGUAUCGAGCAUUUGGAGUCACGGGACAACGACCAACAAAAGCUUAUUCUGAACCUCCGCAGUGAGCUUGUUGUACAAAGGCAGCGUACAGGCUCCCUGGAACGAUUCAUAGGAAAAAUCAGCAAAGUUGCUUGUCAACCUGCAGAAAAGAAAAAAGGAGUUAGCCAAACAGGGAUUCAGCCUGGCAAAAUUCUACCCGCACAGACAGCGUAUGUAGAAGAAAAUAGCCCGGAUGAUCAGAAAGUCUCGGGAUAUGACAUGUACAAGACACCAUCAAGAAUUCGGAGAGCAGAUAAUGAGGAAACUAUCGCUUUCUUUGCCACAUUAACCAACCAUCUUGAACACGCCGGGGUCCAGCAGACAUUUGUUUUCGACCGCAUAGUAACUAAUCUCGGACAUGGCUACAAUAACCACAGCGGUAACUUCAUCGCCCCAGUGUCAGGAACUUAUGUUUUUUCGGCGACGCUGAUCUCCCUGUACCACCAAAGCUCGCAUUCACAGUUCACAAAGAACGGACAAGCUGUGAGCUACAUGUACGUCAGUGGUGCAGAAGCCGGAUACGACACUACCAGCCAGACGAUAGUGGUCCAACUGCAUAAAGGAGAUGACGUAUGCAUCCACAAUAUUGAUGCCGAUAAAUCGUACCAUGGUGCACAUUACAGUACCUUUUCUGGGUUUCUACUACAACAAGACUUCACAGAGCAGGUUGUUGUUGGAAAGAAAUAAACUGCUAAAUUAUUUGGUUUAUGAUGUAUGCUCCUUAACCAACGUUCUGCUUUGACAAAUAAAUGAUCGACUACUA